AUGAAAUUCCUGGGCCUUCUAAGUCUGUUAUCCACGAGCCUCCUCCCCGGAGCGCUUGCCCAUACCAUUUUCGUGCAGCUCGAGGUUGACGGAACCACCUAUGGUGUCGGCCAAGGUGUGAGAGUACCGACGUAUGAUGGACCGCAAACCAAUGUUCAGGGAGACGCCAUGGCUUGCAAUGGUCCGCCUAAUCCCACAGGUUCAACGGACAAGAUCAUCUCUGUAAAGGCAGGUACAAAUGUGACUGCCAUAUGGCGCCACACGCUCGACUCGGGACCAAAUGAUGUCAUGGACCCCAGCCAUAAGGGGCCUGUUCUGGCCUACCUUAAGAAGGUGACUGAUGCAAAGUCCGACAAGGGAGUUGGUCCGGGAUGGUUUAACAUUCAGCGGGAAGGGCUUCAAGGAAACGCGUGGGCUACCGACAAGGUCAUCAAAAACCAGGGGAAACAAGUCAUUCACAUCCCUGAGUGUAUCGAGGAUGGGCAGUACCUCCUCCGCGCGGAGAUGAUUGCGCUCCAUGGCGCUAGGAGUCCUGGGGGCGCUCAGUUUUAUAUGGAGUGUGCUCAGAUCGAGGUGACGGGCGGGACAGGGACUGCGAAGCCUGAUCUUGUUAGCAUUCCCGGUGUCUAUCCUGCAAACGAUCCAGGUAUUGUUGUGGACAUCUAUAGCGGUCUUCGAGGAGGAUACAAAACUCCAGGUUCUACUCCCCUCGCUUGCUAG